GGUGAUCUUCACUUUGUUUUCUGUGUGGGCAUUAACACCUGGUUUGAGUUUAAUGAGAGAGAGCCUGUGAGUGGCUCCAGGUGGGUCCUUACAGAGACAGGAGGACCAACAGCCGCAUACGUCAGUCCACCUUAAAUCGUGGCACCACGUGACCGUGUUCCUGGAAAGUUCCUGGAAAUGCUGCCUUUGUGUUUAUGGUGACAUUGGUUCUUAGGCAGCUGCUGGACUCGGUUGUGCCCAGCUCUCUGACGGACGUUCGGACGCUCGAUUAGGACCCGCUCGGUGCUUUUCGGUCUCUCCGGUAGCUGCCGGUGCGCGGUUGCUCCCCGGGUGGAACUGGGUGUCAGAGAGACGGCAGGGACCUCCGUUUAUCUGCACUGUAACCCGCCAUUUGUAAAUCGGGAAAGACAAGAAAGAAGGAAAACCUCCAGCAGCGGAGCGUUUCUCGGGAUUUGGACUAGAAGUGUUACUGGGGACAUGUCGGGCCCCCCCGAGGACACAUCGGCGGCAGCGCUGCUGAGCCCGCCGUGACUUUUAGCUAGACAGCAGCUAGCAGGACGUAAAGCAGUCAGGACUUUGACACUGUGGUGUGAGCAGUUGCGCCCUGUAGACUUUGUCCAUGUCUCAGCUGUGGGCCUGAAGGUCGGAUUUAUCCAAUGACUUGCCAGUCCUCAGAGUCCACGGAAACCAUCGAGAGUGACAGACGAGCCGACAACAAUACCGGCGCUGUGGAAUCUGACGAGAGCCGCAUUGCCGCUGCCAUGAAGGAGCUCAGAAACACGGGUUGGUACUGGGGCAGUCUGACGGCUAAUGAAGCCAAAGAGAUCCUGCAGGACACCUCCGAAGGCACCUUCCUGCUGCGGGACAGCUCUCAGAGAGAUUACCUCUUCACCAUCUCCGCCAUGACGUCAGCAGGUCCCACCAACCUGCGGAUCGAGUUCAAACACGGCAAGUUCAAGCUGGACUCGGUGGUCCUGGUGAAGCCCAAGCUGAAGCAGUUCAAGAGUGUGGUCCACCUGGUCGAGUACUACGUCCAGCUGUCCAGGAGCAGCGACAAGGCGGCGUCGGCAUCAAAUUCUCGGGUCUCUCCGGUGCCGCCUAAUGGCACAGUGCAGCUGCUACUCACCAAACCCGUGUACACCUCCACGCCAUCCCUGCAGCACCUCUGUCGCAUCACCAUCAACCAAAGGACACGGCAGGUUCAGGAUUUGCCGCUGCCCAACAGACUAAAGGACUACCUGACGGAAUACGCCUACAAUGUGUAAGGACUGAUGUCAUCUUACCACUGACUGAUCCCAUCGUGUGCUGCUCUACAGGGUCACGCAAUAAGCUGCAGUGUCGAUGUGCUCUGAGUCUGCAGCCAAUCACACCGGAGUCAGAGGGGAAAGGUCUGAUGGAAACGCCAUGUCACAUGACCCCUCCUGACCACAGCUACCUCUCUGCUCUGUGGUGACUUGACACCUCGUCGUCCCCUCACCUUUACCAGAUCAUCACUUUUCAGAACGUCCAUUUUCCCCUGAAUCCGUAUGCUGAUUUUUAAAAUGGACCAGAUAAAUUUGAAGUAUCUUAAGGUAUUAAUGUUUACAGUGGUUACUGAUGUGGUCACUGAUGUUACAUGGUUCUAUGAAACGUCAUAUUACAAAUACCAUUAUUUAAAAAGCUUUGUUAUUAAUUUUGCUUGUUGACACUUUGAGUGAUGCAGAGGGGGAAAGUGGUGCUAUCGGGCUGCCCCCAAGUUAAUUUUAUAAAUAAAAACAAGAAUAUUUUAUUUACCUUCAUGAAAACAAUAAAAUUAUUUUAAAUUUCAGGUUUGCUCUGCUGAUGAAUCACAGAUUUGCACAGGUUUGGAAAACAUUCCCUUUAAAUUACAGCUGCAACUAAAGAUUGGUAGUUGACUAAUCUGUCAAUUUUUCUUCAAUUAGUCAACGAUUAUUUCAGUAACUCUUGUCCCUGUGGGCAAACCUCCUGUUCUAGGCUCCAGGACCUCACCUUCUCUGGUCUGCCCACCUGUGACUGUCACCCUGUUGUCUCAUUCCACAGCAAAUUCAAAUAAUUACCCAGGAAACGUGUGAAUUUGAAAAUAAUCCAAUGUAUCUCUAGCAUUACUCAAUAGCACGGUCAGAAUAAAAGUGAAGUCAAUAAAAUAUCAAGAAACUUAAAUUAAAGUGCUACUUUAAACAGAAAAGUGUCCAUAAGCUCAAAUAAAGCUUUGAAUUAAAAAAAAAAAAAUUAUAUUUUUGUUCAGGUUCAAAAUAACAAGUUUCCGAAGUUUACAGAUGAUUCAGUUCAUGAAUUCACAACUGCAGUAGACAUGCUCUGGAGGAAAGCUCACUCUUGUCUUUGAGAUCCCAGCUGCUGAUAAACAUGCUGAAGAUGCUCUCUCUCAUGAUUUCAGCAAUUUGAGAGGUGCAUCAGCCUCUUUUCAGAAAUGUACUGGUUUGCUAUUGGAUUUCAGUCAUUGGCUAACAAAACUGAAAUGCUUAGCAAGCAUCCUGAGGUUUCUAACAGGUAAGCUAAAAUAAACAUUACUGUACGAACAUGAACAAGGUAUCAAUGUGACGCACUGACUUAGCUCUCAAUAACGGACUCAUCAGAGCUGAUGUAACAGCUCUAGGGUGGCAGCGUUUGAAAUGCUCAUGCACUGCAGUCGUGGAAGGAAAGCUCAGUUUAGCACGGUCUGGUUUAACUGUUUAAUUUUUGUAAAAUACUUUCACUUUUUUUUUAAAUUUAAUCUCCCUUUCAGUUUACUUCUGUCAUCCACUUUUGCCGUUCACACAAUGUUCUUCUUCGUUAGUAGUGAGUGCAGUCUUGCCAGGUGAUAGAGGCGAUGCUACCCCCUGAGCUUCCUGUAGUGUAUUGCUAUUACAAAAGUGCAUUCAUGUGGUUUUUCUAUAGGAUGCAUCUUAGUCAACAUGAUCAAUUAUAACAACGAAUUGUAGCAGGCCUACUUAAAAUGACUUUUUUUUUUUUUUUUGAAUGGAGUUUGGUGUCAGAAGAACGUAAACAGCAAAUUGUGGGUUCAUGGGUUACUAGCUUUUCUCUUUAUUUCAAAUCUAAAGUAAACAGUGGGUGUCCAGAAGCUGGCCAAUCAGAAAGUAUGCUUUUAAAAGACGAGGACUGAAAUGACUUAACUAAACAAAAUAAAUAACUUUAAACUUUUAAUUUGUUUUUAUUUCUUUAUGUUUUCUUUGCUUUUUUUUUUUUUCUUUGUAUGACUUUACUUAAAGUAAAUAAGCUUUGAAAAUAUGGAGGGAAAUACAAAAGCAAAAAAGAACAGAAACAAAACUAAAAUAUAAAUAUUUUCAUUUAAAAUAUUUAUAAAAAAAUUCAAAAAUUGAAAAAAUUGUAAAUAAAACUAAUAGAGGUGUUAAUACAAAAUGAGACAAAUACUGAAAUAUGUCCUAUCUUAUAACGUCAUUAUUUUGUGUUUUUAAUAAUUUCGUGCAGAGUUUUGGCCAUGUUGGUCCUCCAUAUGUAACCUCUUUCAACCUGGUCACAGUAAUUUAAGUGUUGAAACAUGAAUAUUAAUCGAUUAUUGAUUAACCUUUUUUCACAUUUUUAAAUGUUUAUUAUUGAUCAGUUAGUAAUUAUUGUUCCCAUUAAGUUAUUAAUUAUUUGAUCAGUGGAAAAAAAGAAAAAAAUAUUUUAGACCAAUUAGCGGUUCCAGAUUGAUUUUCUAAUUGAUCUUUUGAUUGAUUAUUCGGCCUCUUCAUGUUGGAAAGUUUCUGCGAGGAUUUCUGUGGAAAUAAUUAACAGAAGGAAAACAAAAAUCAGGAAAUAGAAUAAUUUUCCAUUUUUCUCCACCAGUCAGAGCUUGUCAGUCCCACCUGUAAACACAAGUAAACAGAGCCUUCUGAUUGGCCGACAGACAGCCUGUGACAGUGAACGCUGGUGAGGCGGAGAGUCGAGGUGUCCUCGUUCAGAAUCAAAACAAGCUCCUCAGACUUUGUACCUGCAUGUAGUAAAUACUCAGUUUUCUUAAACUGUGAUUGGCUCAGAGCUGUAAAGGUGCAGGACCUGUUUUUUCUGUAGCAAGGAGAUGGAAAGGCACACUUUCAAAGCUCAAUUCAUCAAAUAACCUCAGUCUGCAGCAAUGAACCAGCUUCAGGCUGUGUGAAGACCUUCCAACCAAACUCAAUUUAAAUAUCCUACGUUUUUAUUACCAGUAUCAUGGUCUCCUAAAUUCAGCACAGACACUGAGACCUGGUUAAAAAAUAUGUUUAUAUCUUUAUUUUAUUUUACCAGGAAGUCUCACUGACACCGUAUCUCUAGCUUCGAGCCCUUACUCAGGAAGGAACCUUUAACUACAAUUCAGCCAAACUCAAUUCAAAAAUCUAAAUACAUCCUGCUGGUGUUAGUAAUUAGUCCCGAUAAAUUCAGCACCAUCUUUGUUGUUGUCGUCAUCAUAAUCAUCAGGGUUUUUCCUGCUUACAAAAAGUUCUUGUUUUACCCCCAAUGUAAAAGAAAAAUCCCCAGAAAUGUGGUGCAAGUGUGUGAUUUGGAUUAAAUGGUCUUAGUCUCAAAUAUGUCUCCAAACAAAACAAAACCCGCUGAACCACCACAUUUCACAAACAUGUUUAACAAACCCUGACCAAGCCUCAUUAAAAAGCUUUUGUUUUUAGGAUUCAUAUUCACCCACCAGUGUUGAUGGUUAAUGCUGAGUCUCUGGAGCACAUUUAACCAAACUUCAUUCAAAAAUUGCAUGUUUUUUGGGGGGGCCUGUGGAAUCUUGUGGUUGCCUCAUUAAUCCAACAGACAUGCAAGCACUUAAUUUAAUGAAAAAAAAACAUUUAGUCAUGGAUUCAACCUGUUUGUUACCGUAGAAAUGAAGGUUACACAAGUGACCAUGUUAUGUUUUUGUCACGUUGUCCCUGAUCGGGUACAGGGCGUCGACGCUGCAUGCUCACGCUCUGUCAACUUUCUUUAAAAUCAUUUUCAAACAUCCAAUCACGCUCAGCAUCAGCCAAGAAGAAGGGGCAGAGCUGUUUGGUCAUGUAGCUGCUCAGGUAAACAGGGUGUGUCCUGUGAUGUGUGUAUAAGGAGGGCCAAUCAGGGUGUUUGUUUGUGCUUCAGCCUUGAUAUCUGACCAGUUCCAUGAUGAAGAUGACAAAGAGCAGCUGAAUUAAGCAUGGAUGCACCAAGCAGGCAGGGCGUGUGCGCGUUCUUGUACAUAUUGCAGCCCCUGUGAUCUGAUGAAGUAUAUAAUUAAUCGUGUCUGUAUUUCUGGUAUGUUUCUGAAGCAUGUAAAUGAUGAACUGAUCAGCUCCUACCAGGAGAUCAAUAAAUUUUAUAUGGUGCCUCAUCAAUAAUGUCUCACUGCUGCUUAUACUUCAUGCUGUUAUUGAUUCACACCCACAGGACAAAACUAUGGAAGCCCAGGUAUGUGUGUAAUAAAUGGUUGGGUUUUUUUUUAUCAUUUAUUGAAAGGAAAAAGCUGAAUAUCUUCAUUAAUAAUCAGAUUUUUUUUUUUAAUAAAAACAUAAUACAAUCAUAGAUGGUUCAUUUUUUUAAACAUCAUGUUUAUGUUUUGGAAGGACAUUAAAUCCAGAAACAGGAUUAAGUUAAAAACAUAUUACAUACAUAUUUGCAGAUCUAUCAGUAGAACCUCAUGUCUGACUGGAAAUUAAAUCAGUAAAAAAAAAAAAAA